CACCCAUUUCUCGCUGUUACUUUUUGUCCAUAUCUCUUUCUUCCUUUCUUUUUGCAUCAUUUCCAAUACUCCAACCGUCUACUCCUACUUCUCACUCUCCCCUGCGCACUUUAGCAUCAACCCUUACCCUAUCUCAUUAUCCUUUUUCUUUCUCUCUCCCUUUCGGGCAUUUACUCACCUGAAAACGCCGUCGUUUUAGCUUAAGUUAUCUGAAACCCAUGAUGGGGAUGUGUUUAUUCAGUAUUACUACAUCUACUUACAAAUUAGGUCAGACUCACAAGCAGAUUAAUCUCAAGUUUACAAGAAAUUGAUUCCGGAUGUUAUCUAUUAAGGGUGUCAUAAAACUGAGUGUUUUGUGUUUAUAUUAUACUGUUUGGUGAAUUGUUCAAUUGGGUUAGUGAGUAGGAAGUGAAGGAGAUUGAAGAGCUUGUCAAAUGAAAAUGUUUGGGUUUUCUCGGAGGCGGACCAAAGUUGGAAGGAUGAAGAUGCAUCUCUCUGACCCUGCCCAAGGAACUAAAAGUCCUUUAAGACCUCUCAAGCGGAGUACACAUUCCAAUGGUGAAAGUGUCGUGGUUACUGUUGACCGUGCAGGCGAAACUGAUAGUGCUGCUCGUGAUAUCAACAAUUGCACAUCUGGAAGCUGUGAGAGUUGGAUGGUUUUGUCAAUUGCGGGGGACAAGCCAAAACCUCGCUUCAAUCAUGCUGCAACGGUGGUAGGAAACAAGAUGGUGGUGGUUGGUGGAGAAUCCAUACAUGGAAUGUUAGAUGAUGUGCAGGUGCUUAGUUUUGAUCAAUUUUCAUGGACGUCAGCCUCUUCGAAAAUAUACUUGUCUCCCACUAGUUUACCUUUGAAGAUCCCAUCUUGCCGAGGGCAUAGCUUGGUUUCCUGUGGUAAGAAAGCUCUCUUGAUUGGAGGAAAGACUGAUCCUGGCAGUGAAAAGAUGUCAGUAUGGGCAUUUGAUACAGAAACAGAAUGCUGGUCACUAAUGGAAGCAAAGGGCGAUGCACCGGUUGCUCGCAGUGGCCAUACAGUGGUCAAAUCGAGUUCGGUUUUAAUCCUUUUUGGAGGUGAGGAUUCUAAACGAAGGAAGUUAAAUGAUCUUCACAUGUUUGAUUUGAAGUCAAUGACGUGGCUACCUCUUCAAUGCACGGGAACAGGACCAUCUCCUAGGUCCAAUCAUGUUGCAGCACUAUACGAUGACAGGAUACUCUAUAUCUUUGGUGGUUCUUCAAGGUCUAAAACUUUUAACGACUUGUACUCAUUAGAUUUUGAGACGAUGAUGUGGUCAAGAAUCAAGAUCCGAGGUUUCCAUCCUUCACCAAGAGCCGGUUGUUGUGGCGUGCUGUGUGGAACUAAAUGGUAUAUCACUGGUGGUGGAAGCCGGAAGAAAAGACAUUCGGAGACCUUAGUUUUUGAUGUCGUAAAAGUUGAAUGGUUGGUUGCGACUUUGUCACCUCCAUCAUCCAUCACAACCAAUAAAGGAUUUAGUCUUGUGUUGGUACAACACAAGGAGAGGGACUUCCUUGUUGCAUUUGGAGGAUAUAGGAAAGAACCAUCAAAUCAGGUGGAAGUGCUGAUUUUGGACAAGAGUGGAACCUCUUCUGGGAGAAGGUUGGCCCCAAUAAAAAAUCCUGGGCAAUUGCCAUCGCAUAAACGCUCUUCAUCUAAUGAAUUUGCAUCUCAACUCUACGGUGCUUCAUCCUGUCCAGUUGAUUCCCUUAGACAAAAUUUAUCAUCCAUCAUAGAAGAACACGGCUCUUCUAGGAGAUCUUUGUCAGAGGCUGUUCUUGCCGAUUCAGCAAAUGCCUUAGGAAGUGUGUCUCUCAGGAAGCAGUUUCACAACGAGGAGGAAAAAACACGUAAACCGACAAAAUGUUCGGACGAUGAGAAUUCAUAUGCACAGUUCUUAGAACAAAGAAGGCCCCCAGAAACAGCUCCAGCUGAGACCUCAGGCAGAUUUAUCAUGGAAGACGUAGCAUCUUUGUCAGAGUCUGGAAACCUUAGUGUCCCCAGUUCGGUAUGUGAAAAGUUUCCCCUCGAUAAUGAGGAGAUGCUUUUCCCAGAAAGUGAGGAGAAAUGUGGAGUUUUUUCUGCCCCCUCAAGCGUAUAUCAAUUGUAUGAAACAAGAAUGGCUGCCUUGAUAAGGAAAAAUGGGAUGCUUGAAGGUCAACUGGCAGCGGCUUUAGCAAGUCGUGAAGCCGCUGAGAAAAACGCGUCAGCGACUCUAAAAAGUAGGCAAGAGGCGGAGAAAAAGCUGGCAGAUACAGUGAAGGAAUUGGAGUUGCUGAAAGAGAAGUUAUCGGGUAUGGAGCUUGCACAGGAAGAGGCUAACAACUUGUCAAAUAUUGUACAUUCAGACAAUGUAAGGCUCGAACAUGAUGUAGCUUUCUUGAAAGCUGUCUUGGAUGACACCCAAAAGGAGCUACAUUCGACAAGGGGGAUGCUAGCUAAUGAACGAGCAAGAGCUUUCCAGUUGCAGGUUGAAGUUUUUCAUUUGAAGCAGAGACUGCAAUCAUUAGAGAAUCGAAAUCCCACGCCAAGAAAACCAUUCCAAGUAUAAAUAACCCGAUUCCACGAACCAAAUGUUUUCCAAAUUCGACGUCAAAAUUUUUGGGCAUUGUUUAAUUUUGACGUUUUUAAACUGUAUACUAUAUUUCAUUAACAUACAUUAUGAUGUGUUGUAAAUAUGAAGAGCAGAUCUGAAUAUCAUCCAUUUAUCAGCUGCUAUUUUCCAUUUUUUCACUUCUGGUCAAGCUGUUUCAAGUUGUAUCACAUCUUAAUUCACUUUCGAAGGGG